AACGUGUGGCUAAUGGCUAUUUAUUAGAGUUCAGACAAAGUUUUGCCCCUCUGAUGCUCAUACUGCUGUCUGGCUUGGUAUAGCCGCAGAUUUGUAUGAAGUCAGAUUUGUAUGAAGUGAUACUCAGGCGCUGCUCUGUCAUUUCCAUCCGUGACGUCAGUUUAUUUAGCUCGUGAGCGCAGCAUGCUUGAUAUAAGGGACGGUUCCAACAGCUAUGUCAACAUUUCCCUGACUCGAGUCUACUUCUGACUGUAGACUAUAAAACGCCGCUACCUCUCUGCAAUGUCACUCAAAAUUAUACUCAUCAUCUUGAUCGCGUGUCCUCUUGCGCUCACAGGCAGAAAAUGGACAUAUAAUGGACUUGAUGGAGAACACGACUGGCCCACCAACUAUCCGUUUUGUGGAGGAGCAUUCCAGUCCCCAAUCGAUUUCCAGACACAUUUGCUGAGAUAUGAUCCAAACUUGCCACCCAUCCAGGUCCAGAACUAUAACCUGUCAACCAGUGAGCAGCUCACUCUUGGCAACAAUGGGCACUCUGUGCAGUUGUCAUUGCCAUCUCACAUGUACAUAUCCAGCCUUCCUCACAGAUAUUCAGCAGCUCAGCUCCACUUCCACUGGGGCUCUUCUAACCUGCUGACUGGAUCAGAACACACUGUUAAUGGCAAGCAGUUUGCUGGAGAGAUGCAUGUAGUACACUUCAAUUCUGACAAAUACCCUAAUGUCUCCAUGGCUGUGGACAAACAUGAUGGACUGGCUGUGCUGGGAGUUUUUAUUGAGAUUGGAGAGGCCAACCCAGCUUUUGACAAACUUUUCAGAUUCAUCAGUGGAGUAAAGUACAGAGAUCAGAAAAUACAAGUACCAGCAUUUAACAUCCGUGCACUGCUACCAGACCGAUUGGAUCAGUAUUACCGUUACGAUGGUUCUCUGACCACACCACCCUGCUAUCCUAGUGUGCUAUGGACAGUGUUCAGAAAACCAGUCACAAUUUCAAGAAAACAGUUUUUGGCAUUGGCCACAGCUCUAUAUGCCUCCUUUGCCCAAGACUCUCCUUCCAUGCCACUUCAUGAAAAUUACCGGAAGUCACAACUCCCUGAUAACAGAGUGGUACUAGUUUCCUUCAGAGAAGGACUGCAUGGUAUUCUUUCAGUGGCAAGCCCCUUUCAUAGAAGACAAGUCGUUCAGAAGCUUCUGGUGGGUGACCUUGCAGACCUUGCUGACGAGGGACUCUAUCAGCUUCUCCCAAAGUUGAGUCUUCAUACAGAUACAGAUAAGAAGUUAAAGAGGCCCAAGAAGCAGAGACACUGGAGCCAGGCAACCCAGAAACAUCAGUGGUCAAAGAACAAUGUGCCAAGCGACAAUGGCUACUCCUCUUCUGUUGGGAAAAACAUUCCAACACCAUGGUAUAUGGGAGCACUUGAAACAGGUAAAGGGAUGUGUUUUGUAUCCUUGGAAGAGCAGGUCAUUCAUCAGCUGGAGAGGUACCAAGCAAAGGGUCUGAUGGUCGAAGCUCUGAGAGAGGUAGUUUUUCCAGAGCUGAACCUUAGAAGUUAUUUGCAUUGCCGAUCUGAUCUAGACCUUCAGACUAUAAGACAACUCAUACAAGGAAGAUCCCGAGAUGAGGCGGCAGAGCUGGAACAAUCACUGACUAAAGCCAUGCUGAGGCAGAUGAGAAGGCAAAUUAAGCGGCGUAGAAACCCAAACAUAAAAACCACCAUGGGGCAUCCUCAAGCCACAGUUCCCAAAGACUACAACUUGGAGCUUGCCUACCAUAGACCUCAACAUGUCGAAUGGGAAGAUUAAAUCCAGGGAGGGCUGCAAACCUCCUAGAGGGCGUAAAAAUAUGCAGUACGCUGUCAUGCAUAUUUAGUCAACUAUACUCCCAAGGCUAGCACAUCAUUGACUAAUGUUUAUUUAGUUUGAUAGUACUCCCCUCUAACACUCUUUCAGAGACUCCUAUGGUUUUUGUCUCAAAACACAUUUAAGCAAACUAUUUUCAUAACAUUUUAUUCAACUAGUUUUAAAUAAAAUUGUUAUUUGAGAGAAUAGCACACUAAAUGACAUUUGCUUGAUGAAUCUUAAAACACUUUUCAGUUUUCAGGAUCCAGAUUAAAAUGUAAUGAUUAGUCUAGACUAAAAGUUUGUCUGUUUUAAACAUUAGUGAGGUUUUUGUGGGAGAGAAAGACUCAAACUAUCUUAAUUAUGAUAUACAGUGUACAACUCAAAGACAAAGACCAUAAUGUUGAGGGCAUAUUUUUACAUUUUAUUGGGAAAAGUUGAGUUAUAUACUGCAGUAAUUGUAUUCUGUGGUUGAAAAGAGCUAUGUUCAAAUGAAAAGGGACAAAAUCAGCAUUUUAAACGUUUUAACAUUCUCUAACACUACAUGGUGCUGUUUUUCUUUUGGGUGUGAUCUGAGACAAGAGAGAAAGCAGACAGCAUAAUCUUUUUUUGUACACUGACUCAGAUGUUAGUCUAUAUAAUUUUUUGGUGAAAUGUCUAGAUCAUGGAUUGUAAAAUAAAACCCAUAACUUCAAUUAAAAUGAAUCACUUCUUCCACUUA